UGGCAACAGCAGGUGCCAAUAUUUUGUUCAACCGUCAACGUAGAAAUAAAAAAGUAUAUUUUUCUUUGCGUAUUAGAUGAAGCAAUUAAAGGCUAAAGUGAAACGUAAUUAAAUGACAAAUUCGUAAAAAAGUAUUAUACGCCCGAAGAAGAUACGGAAACAUUGGAUAUAAUUCUACUAACUUGACAUUUUGACAAAAAGGGAAAGGAAACAAAAAUGUUUCGUAGUAGAAGUUGGUUUGGUGGAAACUGGAACCGCCCAAAGAAUCGUCUUUCAUUGGAACACCUUAAGUACCUGUACAGUAUAUUGGAGAAGAAUACCACUGUUUCCGAAAGCAAUCGUGGUCUAUUAGUGGAGUCGCUGCGCUGUAUUGCAGAAAUACUCAUCUGGGGCGAUCAACAUGACUCUUCCGUGUUUGAUUUUUUUCUUGAGAAAAACAUGCUGUCCUACUUUUUACAUAUAAUGCGCCAAAAGAGCGGUGGCUCAAGUUUUGUUUGUGUGCAAUUAUUGCAAACAUUAAAUAUUUUAUUUGAAAACAUACGAAAUGAGACAUCUUUGUAUUAUCUUUUGAGCAACAAUCAUGUCAAUUCUAUAAUUGUACACAAGUUUGACUUUUCUGAUGAAGAUGUAAUGGGUUAUUACAUUUUAUUUCUAAAGACGCUGAGCCUUAAACUGAACACGCAUACAAUACAUUUCUUCUAUAACGAACAUACCAAUGACUUUCCACUAUACACAGAGGCUAUUAAAUUCUUUAAUCACCCAGAAUCUAUGGUUCGAAUAGCAGUCCGCACGAUUUCGUUAAAUGUAUAUAAAGUACAGAAUGCCAGUAUGUUGAGGUUUAUUAGAGACAAAACCGCUGCGCCUUAUUUCAGCAACUUAGUAUGGUUUAUAGGCAAGCAUAUUUUGGAACUGGACACCUGCGUAAGAACUGAUAUUGAUCAUCAGUCUAAUCAGAGGCUUUCAAACUUAGUCGCAGAACAUCUCGAUCAUUUACAUUACCUGAACGAUAUUUUAUUACUCGAAAUAGAUGAUUUAAAUGCAGUACUUACCGAACAUCUGUUGCACAAACUAUUCGUACCGCUGUAUAUUUUCUCACUCACGCCUGCGCCUCCGCCCACAUCACUCGCAGUGGUCACACAAAAUCUCGCAGCCGUCUUAAAUCGUCCCGUUGAUAUUGAUAUACAAGAAAUCAAUAAUCCACGUGUUUCGUCAAUUGUCGCAUUGUACUUGCUAUCGCUGGUAUUCUUAGUUAUCACACAUGCACCGCUGGUACAUGCGCUCGCCUGGGUAAUACUCAAUGGAGACCACAGUGUGUUUAAAGAGGGCGCUGCUGAAAUACUAAACGCCUAUGUAGAGCACCGAUUAACAGUUGUACCUGGGUUUGGUGAGCCACGUGAAAGCUUAGAGCAAGCUUUGGAGACCGUCGGUGCCAACUCUACGAGCCACAGCUACGAUACUGACAACUUACAUAAUACAUUAGAGGCACCAGCUGCCACGAGCAGCGCCCGAGAAGGAGCUAGAGCAAAUGCCGCAGAAUCCACUUCCAAUACAGUAACAACAGAAGAGCAAUGUGCAGAAAGCGGUAUGUGUGGGAUUUCAGUAGAGACCGCUAGUGCAGCGGCGCAAGCUGUAUUAAAUAACGCCAAAUUGGCCAACAUCACCGACGAGGAGAAGGAAAAAAUACAAAAGCUGGUGCAACCCGCGCGUGCAUUUAACGAGUUGAAUCGUCCAUUCUUGGAAAUGGUAUUGUCGGCGUUGGAUUGCACGGAGAAUGAUUAUCUGGCACUUUUGUCAUUAUGCCUCAUUUACGCAAUGGCUUACAACAGAGGUGUCAAAAACGAUUGGUUCGAACAGGUACUCUCCCAAUCAGCCAAAGGAACGUACAGCUACAAGACAGAGCUAAUAGAACGCUUGCUGCACAUAAUUACGUUAUCGAAUCAGCCUUCCUGCCGCAUACGUCUCAUAACCAUUGAGAUUGCGCUCCAACUGCUCGUCACCUUUACGAAACCCUGUACGGACGACGCUUGUAUUACAGAGGCGCAGCGUGAUGCACUCUUUUCCGCACGUAAUCAGUCUAUGGUGGUGUUGCGCAAUUUCUAUAAGUCUGAAGAUAUCUUUCUCGAUCUGUUCGAGGAUGAGUUCAACGAGAUGCGCAAGACAAAUUUGAAUGUUGAAUUCCUCUGUAUGGAUUCAACGAUACUGCUUCCACCGACCGGUACGCCGUUGACCGGUAUAAAUUUCACACGUCGCCUGCCCUGUGGCGAAGUAGAGAAGGCACGUCGCGCCAUACGCGAUUUCUUUCUGCUACGCAAAACGUGCCAACAAUUUCUGAAUGAAAAAGAAACGCUGCUGCCGUUAACGAACACAAUGAAUCUCGUGCAGGUGGAUAAUGUGCUCGAUUUAAAUAAUAGCGAUUUAAUUGCCUGCACUGUAAUCACUAAGGAGAGCACAAAACAGCGACGCUUUCUCGUCAUCGAUUCACUGCAGCUAAUACUCGUUGAACCAGAUGCCAAGCUGUUGGGCUGGGGUGUCGCUAAAUUCGUUGGCUUCCUGCAGGAUGUCGAAGUGGUGGGCGAUAAGGACGACUCGCGCUGCCUGCACAUUACGGUACACCGUGGCGGCGCGACGCACAAUCGGACACCGCUGCUGUCGGCGAAAUUCCUCUUUGACGAUCACAUUCGUUGUAUGGCAGCGAAGCAAAGACUGACCAAGGGCCGCAGCAAGGCGCGCCAGAAGAAAAUGUAUCAGAUCGCGCAGCUAAUUGAAAUGCCCGGCCAAGUGAUUGACUCGCCAGUGUAUGCGGUGGCUGGUCUACGUGCGGGCAGCGUGGCCAGCAGCAGUUCGCGUUCCUCGCGCGACCAUCGUCCCAUACUGACGACGACAAACCGCGUGCCCGGCUUUGCGGCGGCUUUAAAGCGCGACACCACGAGCGCUGGCGGCGUUUGCCGCAUUCAAAUGGCACAGAAUCGCUCUAUUGAGGGCAUACGAAAUGAGAGUGCCGGCCGUCCGCGUCGACGCAAUUCCAAUUCAAGUUCACAUUCGUCGACGUCGCAAAAUCGCGAUGCCAACUCAUCACCGGGUCGUGAGCAUUCGCCGCGCAGCUCGCGUGAUAAUUCACAAAGUCGCAGCGCAACACGUUCGCGUGACAACAGUCCGCGCAUGCCCAGACCGCGUUCUGAGGAGAUACCACUCGAGGACUUUCAACAUUCGCGCAACAACAGUCCACACUCACGUGCCAAUUCUUCACAUCUUAAUACACCGACGCGUGCGCAUACGCCAUCACGUGCGCUAAAUUAUGAACCGAUUGCUAUAACGGUGCAUAAUGGCACACCGCACGACACGCAUUCCCCAGCGCCGCAUCAUGCCACGCAGCUGAACGGUGUUCCAAUUGCCAAAGAAGUUCUAGUACCCGUCGCCAGUUCCGAAGAAACUUCGUUCAUUGGCAACGAGGAAGCCGCAACGAGUGAGCAACGGCGCCGCGGCAUUAUCGAAACAGUAUAAAGCGAUUCCAAGUUGAUUUUUUUUGUUUAUAUAAAAAACUAUAAUAAUAAUACACGUUAUUUGUUUGAGAUCACGAACUUGUACAUACAUGUGGCUUAAGAAAGAGUUUUUUUGAAAUUUGUGUUAUCCACGUAUACUUUUUUGAGUGAAAAAUUGCUUUCCGUGUAAUUUGGUUUUAGAUAUUAAGCACCUCAUAUUGAAUAAAAAUUGUGACUAAUAUUAAUUGUAUUUGAUGACAUUAAAAUUAAUUGAAAAUAAAAAAUUUGCGGGUUUGUUAAAUCUUAUGAGCUGAGUUUUAUCAAAAUAGUGGCAAACACUAAUUAUGUAGUUUAUGAAUAAAAGAAAAAUAAUAAAGUUAAAUUACUUGUUUAAACUAAAAUGUCUAAUGUUUGUUGUAUUAUUUUUUGCGGGAAAGAUUUAAAAAACACUCAAAAAAUGUUGUGGUUCCAGUGGCAGAAAAUAUUGCCCCAACCAGUUACGUAACCCCUGUAAGACAGUUCGAAUAUUAUAAUUAGGGUUUAUCCAUAUUGCUUGCUUUGUUUUCGCUGUAUUGUUUGUCUAUAAAGGAUAUAUAAUUAACGAGUUAUCUACAUAUUUGUUAUAUCGUACCUUGGCCUGAAUUUUAUAUUUCAAUAAAACUUAAAUAAAUUUAUUGUCAAAUGUAUA